AUGAAGCUCACCUCCCCAAGCAUCGUCGCCACCUGUGUGCUUGCCCAGCAGGCUGCCGCAACAUACAACUGGGGCAGCGCCAAGAGCUUCUCUAAUCCAGCAAACACCAACAAUGAGUGUACGGAUGACCAAAAAUCAGGAUUCGACUGGGCCGACCUGUCUAUUGGUAGUUUUGAUUCCUACAAGGGAUUUGAUUUCUCGGGCUUCGAUUGCUCAAGCGAGGAUGGCAACCGCUCCUUGACUACCCGCACUGGCUCUCCGGGUAAAUACAUUCAGGGCAAAGUCGGCAAAAACGCUGAAGCCGCGCCCAAAAUCUCUUGUUCUGAUGGCACAGGCUUCUCUAUCACAGACAUGGAGGUGUCCACAUCUUAUGACACCGACAUCGACUUUGUUUAUGACAUGCCAGAUGGCUCAACUUGCAAGCAUACAGAAUUAUGCUCAGCGGCUGGCGGUAAUGUCAAGAACAAUCAAUGCGGUGGAGCUGUCUCGGUGACUUUGCAGAAGCCAGAACAUGCUAGCGAUGAUGACUGUGACGUUGGCAUUCAUAGCGUCGGCUUCGACUGUGAACCAGCUUCAACACCCACUACCUCCUCUACUACUGCCGAGACCUCCUCGACCACAGCACCCUCGUCAGAAGCUUCCUCAUUGGCUUCGAGUCUUGAGUCGUUUUCUACCGCCCAGUCAACACUAUCGGUUCCUAACGUUGAGACAAGCUCUGUCGCUGAGACAUCAGCUGCCUCAACCAGUAGCGAAGCUGCACCCGAGUCGUCGCCUUCGUCAACUGUUGUGGCACCUACCACUUCUAGCACCCUCCCAAUAACCUCUACCUCGACGGUUGAAUCUCCGACAACGCCACCGACUCCUAUCGACUCGUCGGUCCCCAUGACUACCUCGACGGUCUGGAGCACUUUCACCUCUACCACCUACGGGUGUUCUUCAGAUGUUCCAGACUGCCCUGCUUCAUCGAUCAAAGUGGUUACCAUGACUACCGCUGCCUACACCACGACCUGUCCAGUCACAUCCGAGGCGUCGUCGGCCUCGGAGACAUCGGUCCCAAUUCCAGAAACGUCAGCUCCUGCUCCAGAGACCUCAGCCGCUGUGCCAGAAACAUCAGCCGCUGUUCCAGAGACAUCCACUCCCGCUCCAGAGACCUCGGCUGCUGUUCCGGAGACAUCCGCCCCGGUUGCAGAGACCUCGUCCCCAGCUCCAGAAACUUCCGCUGCUGUGCCGGAGACAUCUGUGCCCGCUGCGGAGACCUCAGUUCCGGUUCCAGAAACUUCAGCUGACGUUCCUGGUACUUCGGCGCCUGCCCCAGAGACAUCUCUACCAGGAACCGAGACCAAGACCGCUCCUGCCGAGUCAACUCCAACAUCUGUCCUCCCAGGGUUCACCCCAGCGCCAUCGUCGUCGGUUCCAGGAUCAUCCGACCCAGUUCCUGAGUCAUCUACUGAUGUACUAGCAUCCUCUGCCAGCUCAGAAGCCAUUGUAGGGACCUCGGCACUACCACCUGCACCGUCCGAGAUGGUGACCACCGAGAUUGUCUACACAACCACAACGGAAUGCCCAAUCACACUCACAAGCACUUCGGGCUCAAGCACUUUUAUCACUACUUCGGUGACAGUUUCAGAGACUGUUAUCACCUCCACUGCAACAGUCUGCACAAAAUGCACUGAGGCACCACCCACUACUUUGAUUCCUGCACCAUCUGCAACAACUCCUGCGUCGGUUGCUACAUCUCUUUCGCCUGACACCACUGUCACUGGUACUUCAUCUGCUGAAGUACCGACGUCUGUUCUGCCCGGCUCAGUCUCAUCUGCAGCGCCAGUGCCAUCUGAUGCACCUUGUCCAGAAGUUCUACCUUCCUGCCUCAACACCUGGCUGUCGCUUGUCCCAGAUUGCUCAUCCAACUCGGACGCCUCCUGUUAUUGUCCUUCAAAGGCAUUCACUGAUGCUGUCAUUGGUUGUGUUCAAGCGUGGGGUGCUUCUGCCAACGAGAUGUCUGCAGCUCUUAGCUACUUCACUGGCAUUUGCGCUGCCAGCUUUCCAGAAAACCCGGCCAUCAUCACCGCUGUACCAUCAACCAUCACUCUCUGCCCAACAGCACAAGUCUCAACCGCUACCAUUCCCACCACCGCGACAGCUACCGUUCCAGGCCAAACCGAUGUUCAACCCGCCGGAGUGACAUCGAUGGUCACAAGCAUCGUCUCCGCUCCAGCCCAGACUCCCCAAGUGCCUGUGACCGUCAUUUCCUAUACACAGACGGUGUCUCCUGCCACUGGUGGCACUGGCUCCAUCGCGACCAACGCCGUUACCGUGCCUCAAGUAUCUUUCAUCACCAACACAGCUGUCCCGGCUACCGCUAUCGCUGGCGCAGGCCAGUCAAGUGGUGUGACGCCUCAAGCCGUUACCAGUGUCGGUCUCGUCCCAGCUCCUGUCAUCACCACAAACCCUACGUUAAGUGGUGCAAUCAAUGGUACAACGAGAGCCAGUCCAACCUCAAGCGUUGCCUUGUAUACUGGUGCAGCUGACAAGUUCGACGCUAAUGGCAUUGGUGCUGGGGUGGCUGCUUUUGCUGGGAUUUUGGCUUUCCUGGUCUAG